GCUCGUGGCCGCUCAGAUCUACAAUUGUGUGUGUAGUGGCUUAACUAGAAAAGUGAAGUGGGCCUGAUGUGCGGUAGUACACUUAAAAUACUUGUUACCGGUUUCAGUUAAAAGGUGUUGUUUUCUGCACACGGUGAAGGAAGUGGUCUCUGAGAUUAGACCUGAAUAAAUAAAUAAGAGGAACCACCUACCAGCUUAAAGUGGGAAUUAGCCUCUUGUCAGCCGCAUUUUUUACUCUCAGAGCGUCAGGAGUGCUGGGUUUAAAGUCACCGCCACUUUAGACAGGCAUUAACCAAGAAAAUCGUGGAUAUACGCUUUAAUUAGGCAGAAAUGAUCAGGAAUUUUAUAAACUUUGUGCUUUCCUGCGUUUUGCUAGCUGUUGUCUGUGGCUAUCGACCAGUGGUUAUUGUUCAUGGGCUGUUUGAUGGCCCCAAACAGUUUGUGAAGCUGGGGACAUUUAUCAGUGAGACUCACCCAGGUACCAAUGUGACCACAGUAGACCUGUAUGACAACAUGGCCAGUCUGAAACCCCUGUGGCAGCAGGUUGAGGGCUUUAGAAAGGCUGUGUUGCCAAUCAUGGAAAGUGCCACAGAUGGAAUUCACUUCAUUUGCUUCUCACAAGGUGGUUUGGUAUGCCGUGGACUUCUUGCCACUCUUCCGAAACACAAUGUUCAUUCACUGAUCUUUCUGUCAUCACCACUAGCUGGCCAGUACGGAGAAACUUCCUAUCUGAAGAAAGUCUUCCCAAAAGAUAUUAAGUCAGGAGUUUAUCGCCUGUGCUACAACUGCUGGGGACAAAAGAUCUCAAUCUGCAACUUCUGGAAUGAUCCACACCAGAGAGUGAAGUACUUGAAGAGCAACACUUAUCUUGCCCUUUUAAAUGGCGAGAGCAAAACCCCCAAUAUAACAGAAUGGCGAGAACGCUUCUUGGGCAUUAAGAAGUUGGUGCUGAUUGGAGGACCAGAUGAUGGAGUUAUUACACCUUGGCAGUCGAGUUUAUUUGGAUUUUAUGACAGCAAUGAAACAGUGGUGGAAAUGAGAAAACAAAGAUGGUACCAAAUGGAUGUGUUUGGCCUGAAAACACUGGACUCUAGAGGAGACGUGGUCCAGUGUGUUGUCCCUGGAGUCGGUCAUGUCUUCUGGCAUUCAAACAUCACUGUGUACAAAGAGUGCAUAGAGAAGUGGCUGACUUAAACGUAUCUAAUCUACAGACACAUACAUACAUACAUACAUACAUUAACAUAGGGGGCCAUUCAUUUACAUUUCCUGUUUUUGUUUAGUUGUUUUUCUUCUAUUUGUGCUGGUGCAUGCUGAGGGAUGGGAUCUUCAUAUUAGGCAGCAAGUAAAUAGUAAGAUGUGUUGGAGGCAGGGGGAAGAUUCCCAGUGACUUGACAAGAACCAAAUUAUGAGGGCUAAACUACCAGGUCAGAACCGCUCCAAAGUGGCAGGUCUUGUGAGGUGUUCCCAGCUUGCGGUGAUCAUGUGCUCCAAAAUAUGUAAUCAGUUGAACUGCAAUGGAAUCAUGGGCUGCUAAGUCUAUUUGGUUACUGAAUUGACCCCAGGAUUUGUUGCUUUUAAUUUUACAGGACAACGUAAAUUGAUACAUAUUUUUUGUCUUCUUUUCAAUUUUUUUAAUUAAGAAAAUUGAUAGAAAUUGUGCUGAUAUGCAAAUCUUAUUAUAUUUGAUUAUCUAUUGCUUGUUGUGUGUUCUUUUUUUUUUUUACAAAAUUAAAAUAAGCGAAUUAUUAAUAUUCUGUAUGUUUUUGCUGUCAUACAGUGACUUUUUGCACUUUUUCUCUUUUUAACAAUUUCUGUCUAAGUAGUGGUGUUUAUAUUGUGGUGCAAAAUGACUUGGAAUAAAAUCUUUUAACAUUUUUUGAAUAAAAGUGAGUG